AUGACUUCGGGUUCCGAGUUGGAAGCUCAGGGAAAUCAGAAGCAGGAUGCUGGAAAAGUCGCCGAAUCGAAAACUGAUGAGAUGAACGAUUCGGGUCAUUCAUCGGUCAACACACCAGAAUGUGUCGAUCAAGAGAUGAAACCUCCAGCAGAGCAAACUGUUCGUAUUACCGUUCAACCAACUGUUGGUGAUUCAUUCGAACUUCAGUUGAAUGACAACGAACUUGCUCAAGAGCUUUUCCAUUCUCUUAUGGAUCGCGAAGCGACCUGUCACCGAACGUGUUUCAGCUUGGCGUUGAAUGGAAAUCUUGUAGAUAUCUAUUCUGAGUUGCGUGCUAUCCCAGGGUUUGCUGACGGGUGUACAAUAACCGUGGUUGAUGAGCCAUACACUACACGCGAAGCGCGUCUGCAUAUCCGUCAAUUCCGCGAGCUGCUCAAGUUCGGCUUGAAUCAAACAGCUCAUGAUAGCCCUUGCAAUGUUGAUAUGGCGGCUCAAGCCUUUUUGCCGACUAUCAAUAUGCAACACGAAGAAAAAGGGAAAGCCAAAGAGUUGCGAUCGACUGACGUUCUGCCACCCGAUUACGUGUUACCGGGAAGCAAAGAGCGAUCCUUGAGUCAUUUGGUGGUUCCGCUGCAGAAACCAUUGUACGCCAUUAAAAGUAUUGCCAUCUCUCCCUACAACCCUCCAACUGGUCCACGAAAGAUGAAAGGAGAUGUUCUCUACAUUGACGUGAACACUGUUGAGAAUCGCCCAGUUUAUAUUACGUGUUGCACCAAGGGAUUCUACUUGAAUAAUUCUCAGGAUGGAAAGUUUGAUCCAACACAAUCGAACUCUUUGAAGACAAUAUAUCAGAGUUUGGUUGAACUUCUUACUGCAGUCAGUCCUGGAUUCAAAAAGACUUGGCCUUUGAUUAUGCAACGGCGUGCGGAGAAAAGUUUGGUGGAGCGUCUUCCGACACCAUAUCCAGUUGCCUCAUGGGUUGCACCUCCGAUGAAGUUCACGGAAUAUUCCGAGGAUUACUUCCGUGCCGUUGACUUGACCGAGUCUCAUCGUUUCGGUCUUGAAGACCAUAUGCCGGGAUCAAUUCGUGAUUGGAACGAGGAACUUCAGACAACAUUCGAACUUCCACGAAAAACGAUUCAUGAUCGACUAUUGAGAGAUCGUAAUUACUUCAAAGCCCAUAUGGACUUUGUUUGCGCUGCUGCAAAAGGAGUUCAAGCGAUUCUCGAUGGAAACAUUGUUGCGAUUAAUUCUAGCGAUGACAAGAAAACUCAUAUGUAUAUUUGGAACAACAUUUUCUUCAGUCUUGGUUUUGAUGUCAAAGAUCAUUACAAGAAACUUGGAGGAGACGCUGCUGCUUUUGCCGCGACGUCAAUUGAUUUACAAGGUGUUCGCGCAUAUGCGAGUCUUACCGAUCCUCAAUUUCAUACCCUUGGAAUGGCGAUAUUUGAUUAUCGCGGAUUUCGCGUGACCGCUCAGAGUAUCAUUCCUGGAAUACUUGAACGUGAACAAGAGCAGUCCGUUGUGUAUGGAUCCAUCGAUUUUGGAAAAACCAUUAAAGCCGAUGAGAAGUAUCUUGAGUUGCUUCCAAAUGUGGCUAGAGAACUUCACAUGAUGCCUCACCGUGUUCUUCCAACAAAGGAAGGUGAUGACGAGGAGAAGCUGCUCUACACGAGUUACGAAACCAAGGGAAUCGUCGGCAAUGAUGGUCGCAAGUAUUUGCUUGACUUAUUCCGAACAAUGCCUCCGGAUGUUAAUUUCUUGUUAGAUGCUCAGGUUUCCGAAGUUUCCAAACAAAUGGGAUUCCCCAGAAUGAUGCCUCACACACUUUGUGCACUUCGCCGAGAACUUGUUGAUCAGUUUUUUGAGACCAAAUGUUUUGAUUUUCUUAAAAUUACUGCCAAUUUUGUGCGCUCCAAGAUUUCUGAAGCCAGAGAAAGCAAAGAUGAAAACGCUGAAAAAAUUGCUGCUGAGUCUGAAGCUGAAUUGGCGCAAGUCCUUGUUGACAUCACCGAAGGAAACGAAACGACGUCUAGCAAUCCGAUUACUCUCGAGGCCGUUCGCAAUGGUCUUACAGCAGUUCAUUCGCUUUCCGAUACUCGUUUGGAGAUCAAAUUCAAUCCUGAUUGUUUCUCGUCGUUCGUCAGACAUGCUCCUGGUCAAGAUUUGGAAAAACAGAGACGUCUGGUUAUGGAAGCUGCUGAAUUUGUGUUGACCACGCAGAUCCCAGAUAUUGUUGCCGCCAUGAAAGAAUGCAACAUCCAGCUUAUCGAUGGUGAAUCGUUGUCCGACGCUCUUCAUCAACGCGGAAUCAACAUUCGAUAUUUGGGAGAAAUAGCAAAAAUCGUUGACACCACAAACUCGUAUGCCCGUCCACUUGUUCUCUCCGAUAUUCUCUGUCGUUCCACCAAGCACGUCUUCCGUGGAAUCACUCAUAAAGUUUCGCAAAGUCAACUUUCCGCCAGUCUUUGCCACUUUUUGAACUGUUUCUUCUUCAAUGUCACUGGAGAUUCAUCCUCGAAAUCUGGUAGUUCAAACAAUAAGAAAAACAACAAGAAGUCUUCUGGAAAUAAGAAAUCUGUUGGUGUUUGGGCUUCUCUUACAACAGCUUCAUUGUGGAAGUCAAUUGUUGAUGAAGCUUCUUCUUACUACGGUUAUGAUCUGAAGGCCGAUUCAUUGGAUAAAUUCGUCGAAACACACGAUAUUCAAAAGACAGCUGUUCUUCGCCGCUUCUGUCGCAUUGUAGGACUCCAAAUUGUUGCGAGAGAUUAUCAACUUGACAAUGGAUCGAAAAAGAUGCUAUUCACCGAAGAUGACAUUGUCGAUAUGUUCCCAGUUAUCAAGCAUCACAAUCCAGAAGCUACUGACGCCAAGAAAAUCUUCCAUCGUGGCCAGCAAGCUUUGCACAUGGGAUCUCCGCGAGAAGCGUUUGAGUUUGUCGCUGAAGCUGUUAAUCUUAUGACAAACGUUUAUGGAGUAAUGCACCCUGAGUUGGCGCACUCAAUGAGAACGUUGGCUCGUUUGUCGCACAUUCUUCAAGAAAACAGUGAUGCGCUAAACAACCAGCAUAAAGCCGUAAUUAUGAGUGAGAGAAUGAAUGGAUUGGAAGCGGGAAGCACAAUUGUUGAAUACAUCAACUUGGCGCACUUCGCGUUUUCGACACUUGUCAUCCCAGGAGCUCUUCGUCCACUUUACCGUGCGAGAUACUUAAUGAAUUUGACAUUUGGAGAAAAACAUCCGAUCAUGGCACAAAUCGAUGCCAACAUUGGAAUUAUUUUAUUCACGCUUCAAGAGUUUGAUUUUGCUCUCAAAUAUCUCGUAUCAGCGGAUCAUAUCAGCAAGGCAGUAGGAGAGCCGAAACGAAUGAAGACAGCGCUUAUCACGAAUUUGAUCGCAAGAACGCAUGCAGCUCGUGGAGAUUUCCGCGCCGCUCUUGUUGCUGAAAAGGAAACAUUCGCCACUUAUUCGGAAUUGUACGGACCAGAUCAUCAAAAAACACGUGAAUCGAGCGACUACUUGAAAACACUUACCCAACAGGCUGUGAUGUUCCAAAAGAAAAUGAUGGAGGCUAACAAAAACAGUUCGAUUUCUGAGUUAUUCCAGAUCCAACCACCAACACUAAGCUGGAUUCUCGAUGUGAUGAACAUUGUCAAUGGAUUUUACAUCUAUCCUCCAUAUCACGCGAUUCCAGUGUCUACGGAGAAACUCCAAAUCGUGUCAAAUGAAAAUAAAACGGAUGUCGCCAGCCAACAUGAAAUUGAAGCACUUGAUUAA